AUGCAUUGGCGCCAAUACAUGACAUCAAAUGGUCGUUGCCCCUCUUCCAUAACACACGUGAUUCACCCCCCACCACUCUCUCUCUCUCUCUCUCUCUCUCUCUCUCUUUUCUCAUAUAUUCCUUUUAGCGUGUCUUCCUUUAAAGUGUAUUACAUUCUUCCUUUUAUCUUUUCUACGAAACCUCCUUUUCCACAGCCCGUCAAACCUCACUUUCCUUCAUUGACUCCUCGUUCUUCCACCUUUAGACCCUCGCUGCCUUCUAUCGACCAACGCAGCAUCACGCUACCGCCCGCCGAUGUCCUCUUGUCUCGUGAAUACGUCCUAAUCACUGGCAAACGGUGCCGACAACCGCCAGUGGGCCUCCAAAACCGUUCGUUACCGAAGAACAAAGACGAAACUUGCUUUAGCAAUCUCAGCGAAUCAAUAAUGUUUACCGAUUGCUCGAAAAUCCUCUGGAGAAGUUUCACAGCAUCUUCCAGCACUCAUUGA